GAGACUCAUCACGUCUCGAGGGGGACACUAAAUGUGCUACUGGAACAGGUUUCACAUCAUCCACCGGUGACUGCACUUCAAGCAACUGAUGACAGAAACAACAUAGAAAUGAUAUGGUGUCAAUCUCCCCUACCAAGAUUCCAUGGCACUUACAUCGAAACGGAGGUGCACGGGGAGAGGCGGUUGAAUAUUCUGGACAAGAGAGAAACUUACACGAUGAAUUCUCCGAAGCUUGUAAUAAGAUUUUUCCCUUUGCCAGGUGUCGAUUGGCUGGGAAAUGUCAAGAUUCGAUGUGAAGAAAGUGGUAUUGAAGCAGAGUUGUGUUACAGAGGAAACUCAUUUUUGCCACGACCCUCUAUACAUAGAUCGGUUAAAGGGAAGAUAUUUAUGUCAUCCACAUCAAAGACCGUUUAUGAGGUUAGUGGCCACUGGGACAGAACCGUAAUUGUGAAAGAUGUUUCCACCAGAAAAACAACAACCAUCUACGAUGCGAAAGAAGCACUUCACCGAUUGAAGACUCCCAUUGUUAAGGAUCCAAAGGCGGUUUUAGAGAGUGAAUCGAGUGUGGUGUGGGGGGAAGUGAGCGAGGCCAUUCUAGAAAAGAGCUGGGGAAAAGCUAAGGAAAUCAAGACAUGCAUUGAGGAAAAGCAGAGAGAAGCUGCAAGAGAGAGAAAGUCGAGACGAAAACAAGACGAAGAAGAAGAAGAAGAAGAUUAUAUUCCAAAGUAUUUUACAGUAUCUCACAGCAAAGAAAAUGGAUGGAGCUGCUUACCCAGCAAUAAGUUGGUUCCAACAGCUCCAAUUGUUGUUAAUGACUAACCCUUUUUGUAAAACCAACAUAUAUAAUAUACAUGAUUUAAAUUUUACAAUUCUUGUAUAA